AUGGUAUACGAAAGGAUACAUAACCCAAGGUUCCAAAAUUGGCUUUAUGAUCAUUCAAAAUUUGCUGCUGUAAUGACGGUUUGCUCUUCGGCAAAUAUCCAAGCAAUAAGAUUAAUCUACUCCGAACUCGCCGGAUUGGAGAUAUUUAGCGCUGGGAUUUCUAUUAAAGCAAAUAAGUGGAUUAUGUGGAUUAGCGUAUUAGAUGCAAUAAUUGAGGAUGUUCCUCAUUUUGUUAUUCAGUUGCUGUACCACAAAUCUCGAUCCUACUAUUCUGUGAUACCAUUUUUCACGUUGGUCACCAGUGUAAUAUCAUUGCUGGUUGCUAUACUGGGUAGAUUUUAUGAUGCCUUGAACGCCUCUGAAUUUUAG